AUGGUCUGCGGCAAGUGUCAGAAAAAGCUCAAGACGACCGAGCUCGCCACUCCCGGUGUCAAGAGCAAAAAUGACAUGUACCUCGGUUCACCGUCUACCACGUUAGGGGGAUCUGGGAAAGCGACGCUUGGAGCUACCGGCAUCGGAAAGAGCAAACUCCUCGGUGCUAAAGCGAAGAAUCCAUAUGCGGCCUAUGCUUCGUCUUGUGAGACUUGUAAAACCAAGACGGAGAAGGGAUAUAAGUUUUGUCAUAAGUGUGCUCAUAAGAAGAAUGGUAUGUGA